AGCAGAAAGGUCCAACCUUCACUACCCACUAGGGUUUAUCGUUGACUGCCCACACAUUUGCAGCUUCACUCAGAGCAGCUUUUCUUUUUAUUCUUCUUCAUCAAAAACAUGUCUCUCACUCACAACCUCUCCUCUUCAAUCAUCUCUUCUUCCUCCUCUGCUUUUCUGGCUCCAACUAAAAUCAAUUACAGACCGCAGAACGUUUCGCUUCAAGCUAAACGCAUGGAUGUUUGCAAAUGUGUUGCGACGCCUCAAGAAGAGAAAAUUGCUUACAAGACAAAAGUUUCACGCAAUUCAAAUAUUGCCAAACUUCAAGCUGGUUACCUUUUUCCAGAGAUUGCCCGAAGAAAGGCUGCACACUUGCUGAAAUACCCAGAUGUGCAAGUGAUAAGCCUUGGAAUUGGUGACACUACUGAGCCCAUCCCAGAAGUUAUAACUUCUGCAAUGACAAAGAGAUCUUAUGCAUUGUCUACCAUGGAGGGUUACAGUGGUUAUGGACCUGAACAAGGUGAAAAACCAUUGAGAGCUGCAAUUGCUUCAGCAUUUUAUAAGGACCUUGGCAUAGAUGAAGGUGAUAUAUUUGUUUCAGAUGGUGCAAAAUGCGACAUAUCUCGGCUUCAGGUUGUUUUUGGUUCUGAUGUUACUAUGGCGGUUCAAGAUCCAUCAUACCCGGCUUAUGUAGACUCAAGUGUCAUUAUGGGCCAGACUGGAGAUUUUCAAAAGAAUUUGGAGAAGUAUGGAAAAAUUGAAUACAUGAGAUGUUCUCCAGAGAAUGGCUUCUUCCCUGAUUUAUCAACUGUUGGUCGAACAGAUAUCAUAUUCUUUUGUUCACCAAAUAAUCCUACUGGGGCUGCUGCAACGAGGGAACAACUGACCCAAUUGGUUAAGUUUGCUAAGGACAAUGGGUCAAUCAUUGUUUAUGACUCUGCAUAUGCCAUUUAUAUAUCAGAUGAUAACCCUCGUUCAAUCUUUGAAAUUCCAGGAGCCAAAGAGGUUGCAAUUGAGACCUCAUCCUUUAGCAAGUAUGCUGGGUUCACUGGAGUCCGUCUGGGUUGGACUGUGAUUCCAAAACAGCUUUUAUUUUCUGAUGGAUUUCCUGUUGCCAGGGACUUCAACCGAAUUGUUUGCACUUGCUUUAAUGGUGCAUCUACUAUCUCUCAAGCUGGUGGCUUGGCUUGUCUUUCGCCAGAAGGCCUUGGGGCUAUGCAUGAGGUGAUUGGUUUCUACAAAGAAAAUACCGAAAUCAUCAUGGAUACCUUUACUUCACUUGGUUUUAAUGUGUAUGGAGGUAAGAAUGCACCAUACGUGUGGGUUCAUUUCCCCGGCCGAAGCUCAUGGGACGUGUUUAGCGAGAUUCUCGAGAAAACCCACGUGGUUACCACACCUGGUAGUGGUUUUGGACCCGGUGGUGAAGGUUUCAUCAGGGUCAGUGCCUUCGGCCACAGAGGGAAUGUCUUAGAAGCCUGCAAAAGGUUCAAGCAGUUGUACAAGUGAAUCAAGGUACCUGACUAGUUUUGCCUCCAAUAUAAACCGAAGAUGAAUGCCAAAUGUUCUUGUAUGAUUAAUGAAAUUAUUAUCUUCCUUUUUGGCGAUCUAGAUUGCAUUGAAACUGCCACAAAAUUGUUAAAGAGCAUUAGUAGUCUGGGAUAAUUUUCUAGUUAGGGUAUUCGGAACUUUUGCAAUUUGGUUUUAAAUAAACGGGGCGAGAAUAUACAAGGUUUCGUCAU